GUAAAAUCCGGGGUUUACUAAAAUAAACGUAUCAACAUCCUCUACGUUAUAAAAAUCUCAUGGAGAUAAAUGGUAUAUAAAAAGAAUAACUUGCCUAGUUGCUUUAUAUUUUGUUUAUUUUGAAGAUUAUAAGAUGAAGGGUAUGCCUGCAACAGUGGCAUCCCUCUGUGUCGUCCUUUUGAUAUUCAAAACUAUAUCCGCAGUACCUUCUAACCCAAUAGGAUAUGGUGGAGGGGAUGGAGGUCGUAAAGGAGGAGGCAGCGGUUAUGGCCGAGGUGGUGAUGGAGAAGACGUCGGUGACGGCCGAGGCGGUCGUGGUGGAAAAGGCGGUUAUGGCGGAGUAGGUGGUGUAUUUGAAAGGAGUGACGAAAGAGUCGGCGGUUAUGGUCGAGGCGGUGAUGGCGGAGACGGCGGUGACGGCCAAGGCGGUCGUGGUGGACAAGGCGGUUAUGGCGGUGUAGUUAGAGGCAGUGAUGGCAGAGAUGGCGGUUAUAGUCGAGGCGGUGAUGGCGGAGACGGCGGUGACGGCCAAGGCGGUCGUGGUGGAAAGGGCGGAGUAGGCGAUGUAUUUAGUGGCAGUGAUGGCAGAGAUGGCGGAUGGGGAGUAGGCGGUGGAGGCGGCGGGGGCGGCGGGUUUGGCGGAUGGGGAUUAGGCGGUGGAGGUGGCGGAUGGGGAGUAGGCGGUGGACGUGGUGGACGUGAUGGAGGCGGCGGAGGUGGCGGAGGUAGUGGAUGGGGAGCAGGCGGUGGAUUUGGAGGCAGUGAUGGUAGAGACGGCGAGUGGGUAGCAUGCGUUGGAGGCAGUGAUGGAAAAGGUGGCAAUUAUAGGCGAUGCACUCAUGGCAAGCAUGGCAAAAGGGCGAUUAUUACGGAGACGAAGGGUGGGAAUAUGCAAUGGGUUCAGGUACAGUGAUAGCGGAGGCGGCGGAUGGGGUGUAGGCGGUGGAUAUGGCUAUGACGGUGGCUUUGACGAUAUAAAAACUAUUCUUAACCCGGCAACAGUCGCGCUCUCUUUUGUCACGUAAGCAGUCGCGCGUUAGAUUAAAUCUAAAAAUACGAAUUUAAAUUUUUAUUUUAUAAUAUUUUUAUUUAUAGUUUUAAUAUUUUAAAAAUAUUAUUUCUAACAAUUUUAAAGCUAAUUGGUUUUACGAAAACCCUAAAUUACACAAAAAAAAAUAAAAAAUAACAAAAAAAAAUUUAAAAAAAGAUACCUACGCAUUACUUCAAUCUUCGUCGAGGCACUAACGAGUGGAAAGCUAUGUUGCACAAUUUUUCAUCAAGUCAUCACGGAAAAGGAUAAAAUGUUAGAUUUUUCCUAACGGCGUGACUGCACCUGUGCUAGUAAAAUAUCCAUGCCUAAUUCUACAUGUGGACUCUAUAAAAUUGUAUAUUUUAUGUAUUUUAUUAUAUAUUGUAAAAUGAUUUUUAAUUA